UAACACCGCAAACGCAAACUUGGAAUAUUCCCUUCCGAAUCCCUUCCUUCGUCUUUCUCGAACUAGGGUUCGUUGGGCCUCCUCCUCCUCCUCCUCCUCCUCCUUGUCUAUGAGAGGCAAGGACAACGCCCGAUGAGCCUCUUAUCGAUUCCUCCGUCCAUGGCCGCUCAAUCUCCGUCGCCGGAUCCAGACUUCCCCUUCCGGGCGUGGUACGGCAACAUCCAGUACCUCCUCAACAUCUCCGCCGCCGGAGCCGCCUCCUGCGUCCUUCUAUUUCUCCUCGUCAAGCUCCGAUACGACCACCGCCGCUUCCCUGGCCCCUCCGCCCUAGCCGCGAAGUUGCUCGCCGUAUACCACGCCACCCCAGCCCAAAUCGCCCUCCACUGCGGCGCCGACGCCGCCCAGUUCCUCAUCGUCGAGCGCGCCAGCUUCUUUGUCCUCCUCGUCGUCUCCCUUAUCGCUCUCUUCGCUUCCUUUCCCCUCAACCUCUCUGGCUCCGUCCCGCUCGCCGACCCUUUCGCGCGAACGACCAUCUCCCACAUCCACGACGGGUCUCCGAUCCUUUGGCUUCACUUUCUCCUCGCCGCCAUUAUAGUUGCCGUUUCCCACCUCGGCAUCUCGCGGAUGGAGGAUGACCUGCGUAUUACCAGAUUCCGUGAUGGCAACGGCAACCCGAGCGAUCCCAAUUCGAGCUCUAUAGCAAUCUUCACCAUGAUGGUGCAAGGUAUUCCCAGAUCCCUAGCUUCGAACAAAGCGCCUCUCGAAGAGUACCUUCAGCACAGGUAUCCUGGUAAGGUGUACCGUGUGGUUGUGCCCUUUGAUCUAUGCACCCUGGAGUACCUCACAUCAAGGUGGACCAAGCUCCAGAAUGAGAUUUCAUGGUUGGAAGCUCGCAUGGACUCCCAAUCAAUGUUGAACGAAGAAGAUAAUGAUGGCCAUGAAAGCAGCCAGAUCUACGAGCAUCCGUUGUUGAGGAAGGCAAAAGAAAUGUGGGCAACUCUAGCUGUGAAAUUGGGCUUCACGGAGGAAGAGAGGUUGAGAAAGCUGCAUAAUUUGAAGUUGGUUCUGCAGAACAAACUUUUGGAUUACAAGGAAGGGCGGGCACAAGGCUCUGGGAUUGCAUUUGUGGUCUUUAAGGACGUGUACACCGCCAAUAAGGCUGUGAGGGACUUGAGAUCAGAGCGGUCGAGGAGAUCCAUUGGACAGUUUGUCUCUGUGAUGGAGCUUCAGCUGGGGCGGAGCCGGUGGAGAGUUGAGAGGGCUCCUCCUGCUGUUGACAUAUACUGGAACCAUUUGGGCUUGAGCAAACUCUCAUUGCGAUUGAGGAAGGUUGCUGUGAAUACCUGCCUACUCCUAAUGCUUCUCUUUUUCAGUUCACCUCUUGCUGUCAUCAAUGCAAUGAGCAGCGCUGCGAGGAUUAUUAAUGCAGAGGCUGUCGAUCAUGCCCAUACAUGGCUAACUUGGCUGGAGGGGUCGAGCUGGUUUGGAGCUUUAAUUCUUCAGUUCUUGCCAAAUGUUCUCAUAUUUGUAAGUUUGUAUAUAGUAAUUCCAUCAGCACUUUCAUAUCUUUCCAAAUUUGAAUGCCACCUCACUGUCUCCGGGGAGCAGAGAUCUGCAAUGCUAAAGAUGGUUUGCUUCUUUUUGGUAAAUCUCAUUCUCUUGCGUGCUAUGGUGGAAUCCUCACUCGAGAAUGCAAUCCUUCGAAUGGGAAGGUGUUACUUGGAUGGGGAAGAUUGCAAACAAAUCGAACAAUAUAUAAGUGCUUCAUUUCUCUCGAGGUCAUGCCUCGACACCCUUGCAUUUCUCAUCACAAGUACCUUCCUGGGAAUUUCCUUUGAUUUAUUAGCUCCAGUGCCUUGGAUGAAGAACAUUCUUAAGAAGUUUAGGAAGAAUGACAUGGUUCAACUAGUUCCGGAACAAAUUGUGGAGAACACAGUAGAGCAGAAUGAUGAAGUGGGUAAUUUGCGGAUGCCUCUUGUUUCUGAGAGGGAAGGUAGUUUGGAUUUGCAUGAUCUCGAGGUUCAUGAUCUUUCUGUGUACCCAAUAAACAGGAGCUUCCACACGCCAAAGCAAACAUUUGAUUUUGCACAAUACUAUGCUUUUAAUCUCACAAUUUUUGCACUCACCAUGAUCUAUUCCUUGUUCGCUCCACUUGUGGUUCCUGUAGGUGCGAUCUACUUUGGCUACCGGUACAUGGUGGACAAGUAUAAUUUCUUAUUUGUAUACAGAGCCCGUGGCUUCCCUGCUGGUAACGAUGGAAAGCUAAUGGACAGGGUCUUGUGCAUUAUGCAUUUUUGUGUGGUCUUGUUCCUUCUGUCGAUGUUAUUCUUCUUCUCCAUCCGUGGUGACUCUACAAAGCUGCAAGCCAUCCUUACGCUAGGGUUGUUGUUUGUCUACAAAAUGCUCCCAUCAAGAAGUGAUGCGGGCCGACCAUCUUUAUUGGAAGGGAUUCAGACAGUCGAUAGCUUUGUAGAUGGUCCAACUGAUUAUGAGGUUUUCUCAAACACCGACUUCAAUUGGGAUAUUUAUGAAUCACAGUCAUAGGACUUGAGUUCGCUUGCAAUAUCAGAGGACAACAGCAUUCGAGCAAUGAGAAGAUUUCUAAUUGCUAAAGAACAGAUGAAGGCUUAUCUGCUCCAUGCUGGUUUCGAGCGCCUUUUCCCUACUUUGUUCAUUGUAUCUGUGCAUUUUGUUUUUUGGUGGUUCACUGGAUGCAUUGUGGUUUUCUUUCUUCUUUCUUUCGUUUGUUUUUUCCCUUUAAAAAAAAAGUUCAAUGUUCAUGUUUGUUGAGACUAGGAGAAGAAAGGCAAAGAAUUACGAGUUUAA